CUGCCUGAAGCAGAAGGCCGGCGGGGGAGGGGAGUGGACAGGGAGGGGGUGGGGCGGCUGGGCUGGGCACUCUCAGGACCACCUGCCUCCUGUCUCCCUGAAGUCCGCGGGCCCCGUGUCUCUCGCAGUCCCUGGCCAGAAGGCGCCGGCUUCCAUGCACGGCAGCUCCUCAGAGCCCGCGGCAGUGUGCGGGCAGAGGCUGAUCCGUGCGCGGUCUCUGGUCACUUGUUCCCAGGUCUGGGAAUACUUCGCGUGUCCCUUCCCAGGGGGCGGCCUCCUGCCCGCCCGUCUCACCAGCCGACAGCCAGACCGCGCUCCUCAAGGCCAGAUGGACGGGCCGGGCAAGGCAGGGCUCGCCCCGCAGAGAUCCGACUCGGAGGGCACCGCGGCAGCACGGGCCGCCCGGCCCCACAGCCACCGUGGGGUUGGGAGCCGGCCCCGGGGGGAGGCCCCCACCCAGCCCCCUGGGAGACGCCUUUCCCCUGGCAGGGGGGGCCCCACGUUGCGCCCUGUCCAGAGGCUGGUCCCGCGGGCUGCCCAGAGAUCCCGCAGGAGAGUGGGGGUCCCGUCUUCCCAGCGGGGCUCUCGGCCCGGUGCCCCCAAGCCAGCCGGCCGCAGCCACACCCGGUUCAUCCACUGCCGGAGACCGUCCACGCGGGCCCAGCUCAGCGCCAAGAGGAAGAGGCGGUCCAGGCUGUGCCGGUGCCGGGCCAGGGCACCAGGCUGGGCCCCUGGGAGACGGAUGGGCAGCGGCCGAGACAAGGGGCUCCUGCCCACGCAGGGCCAAGACGCAGACCACCCGGACCACGCUGGCGCCGCCCCGCCCGCGGCCGCUCCCCAGGGCGGGCAGCCGCCCAGCGUGGGACAGGGGCCCUUCUUCUACAUCGGAGGCACCAACGGGGCCGCAAUAAUCAGCGCCUACUGCACGGGCAAGGGCUGGCGGCGCACGCAGGACCGCUGCGCCGACUACAAGCUCAAGUGGUGCGAGGUGAAGCACAGAGACAGCUACUGCAGCUUCCGGGAAGGCGAGCAGCUGCUGUUCCAGCUGCCCAACAACAAGCUGCUGACCACUAAGAUCGGGCUGCUCAGCGCCCUGCGGGAGUGCGCCCGCGUCUCCAGCAAGGUCCACCAGCCGGGCCCCGGGUCGCAGGCCAGGGCCCUGAAGAUGGAGGACUUUUUUCCGGAGACCUACCGCCUGGACGUCAGGGAGGAGCGCCAGGCCUUCUUCUCGCUGUUCGAUGAGACCCAGGUGUGGAUCUGCAAGCCCACGGCUUCCAACCAGGGCCGAGGCAUCUUCCUGCUCAGGAGCCAGGACGAUGUCGCCACCCUGCAGGCCAAGGCCCAGAGUGGGGAGGAGGACGCCAGCUCCCGCAAGAUGCCCUUCCGGGUGCCCCAGGCACGGGUGGUGCAGAGGUACAUCCAGAACCCACUGCUCCUGGACGGGAAGAAGUUUGACGUGCGUGCCUACCUGCUCAUCGCCUGCGCCGUGCCCCACAUGGUGUUUUUCGGCCACGGCUACGCCCGCCUCACCCUAAGCCUCUAUGACCCCGACUCCAGUGACCUCAGUGGCCACUUGACCAACCAGUUCAUGCAGAAGAAGAGCCCCCUGUACCUGCUGCUCAAGGAAGACACGGUGUGGAGCAUGGACCACCUCAACCACUACAUCAACAGCAAGUUCAGCAAGACCCCCGGCCUGCCCCGAGACUGGGUGCUCACCACCUUCACAAAGCGCAUGCAGCAGAUCAUGGCCCACUGCUUCCUGGCCGUCAAGUCCAAGCUGGAGUGCAAGCUCGGCUACUUCGACCUCAUCGGCUGCGACUUCCUGGUGGAUGAGAACUUCAAGGUGUGGCUGCUGGAAAUGAACUCCAACCCCGCCCUGCACACCAACUGCCAAGUGCUGAAGGAAGUCAUUCCGGAGGUGGUGGCCGAGACCUUGGACCUGGCGCUCGAGACCUUCCAGAAGAGCUUGCUGGGCCACAAGAUGCUGCCUCUGCGCUCCCAGCGCCGCUUCGUGCUGCUGCACAGCGGCGAGGCCGACCCGCGCCCGCGGGGCUCGCGCCCCCUGCCCCGCGCGCCCCCUCGGGGUCUCGACGGCGCCCCAGGCGGGGAGUCCGGGACCCCGGGCGCGGAGCGGCCGCGCGGAGACUCCGGGGAUCCAGCGCGCGGGGCGGCCGAGGCGGAGCGCGAGGGGCGCAAGCGCGCGAGCCCACGGGGCUCCUAGGGCGGGCGCCCGGGGACCAUAAAGGCUACUUUGUUACGGUCGCGGCUCUGUCCCGGACGUCGGGCGGGUCUCAGCUCGGCCCGAGGACGCGCACCCCGCGCCGAGGGCCCGUCUCGCGGUCGGCGGCCUUACCCUCGGGGGUCCCCACAGUCCCGCGGGUUCCCACGGCCUGGCCCGGGACUGGUCCCCCUGGGCCUGCGGGGCCCAAGCGCUUCCGCACCCCCCAGACUCCCUGCCCAGGGCAGCGCUGAGAUGGGAGCUGCAGGGCCUUGGGGUCGGGGUCUCCACGCAACACCAGUGGCCUCUGCCCUCCUCGCCGGCUGACAGCAAGCCAAGGCCCAGCCCACCCCUCCCCCCAUGUCCUCCACCUCAGCUCUCCAACGACCCCCCAGUGACCAGACGGCAGCGCCGGCCCCACCUCAGGUCCCCGCACCCGAGGGGGCCCAGGAACCUGUCCCAGCUUCCCGCAGAGCGCACCGGGGCGGGACCCAGGAGGGAGAGGAGGCCUGUCCCCCACGCCAGGUGACAGCCGGGACACCUGCAGCUCCUCCGCGCAGGGUCUGGGCGCCCCCUGCCCCAAGGCCUGGAGGUCCCUCUGGGAGGGGCUCAGGGAGGGUGAAGACCAGGCUCAGGGUGUGGCAGGGGUCAUCCCCUGCCCGGCUCCACUGCCUCCCCCUCCCUCCCGCACCCCCGGUCGGGCUGUGUUGAUGACCCCUUCACCCUCUACCCCCCUGCUCCUCCUGUGCCAGCCUCGGGGGCUGGAGACCCUGGCCCUCCAGCAGGUGGGACGGCCACUGUCCUCACUGGCCCUGAGCAGGUGCAAGGACCCGCGGCGGGCGUGCCCUGGAGGAGCUGCCCUCAGCCUGGGGCCCCUGCCAAGGCCAGGCCCCCCUGCUGCUGUUCAGCCUUCUGCCCUGGGGCCCUCCCCCAGCCCCACUCAGCCAGGUGGCCGCUAAGGGCUUGGCCACCAGAGCCGCAGCUGGGUAUCUGGCAGGUACGGGGCGCUCCCAACAUUUCAGUGAGGUGGCGGCUGCAGGCGGCAGCACGUGCGGGCCGGCCCUCCCUCAGCUUCUCGGCAGGCGUGGGUGUUUGGCAGAGUCACUGAGACCCCCCCCAGCCACAUCCCAUGCUGGAGUGCUGCGCAUGCGCGCCCUGGAGGCGGCCGGCCAUGGGCCCAGCGCUUGGUGUGGGACACCCCGGACUGAGUUCCAAGCUCCUGGCUUUAUUGUGGCCCAGCCCUGGCUGUUGGGGGCACUGGGGAGUGAGCCAGCACUGUCUGUGUCACUCACUGUCCUGUCACUCUGCCAAAUAAGUGAAGAAUAACUACUGCUUAAAAACGCAAAGGUAAGUCACAGAAGAAAACGGCCCGAGGCGCGGAGGGUUCAGCCCACUUCCUGUGUCCGACUGCCCCAUGGAGGAGACCCAGAGGGGGCCGGCGCUGUGGUGCAGCCGUAAAGCCACUGCCCGCAGUGCCGGCAUCCCAUGUGAGCGCCGGCUCCACUUCCCAUGCAGCUCUCUGCUGUGGCCGGGAAAGCAGUGGAAGGUGGCCCAGGUCUUGGGCCCUGCCCCCGCAUGGGAGACCUGGAAGAGGCUCCUGGUUCAUAGCUUUGGGUCAGCCCAGCGCCGGCCAUUGCGGCCACCUGGGGGGAGAACCAGCAGAUGGAAGACCUCUCUCACUCUCCUCUCUCUCUAACUCUACCUUUC